AUGGAGGAGAAAAAAGUGUUGCAUGAAGAGUUGAUGAGAGGCAAGAAUCCGAUCAAAGGAAUGGACAUGCCGAUCUAUCCUCUUCCGUUUGUGGCCAUUACAUCUACGAUUGGUAGAUUCCGUUUGGGUGAAGAUCGACAAGACGGAAAACAAUGUCUAAAUAUCCUCUUCCUCGGCCUAACUGGAUCAGGGAAAUCGAUGCUGCUGGAAGCCAUGGGGAAUUACGUACUGGGAGUGGAGUUUGGAGAUCCAUAUAGAUUCCAGGUGAAGAAGUACGGACCCACGAACACGAUCACCUCGCACACCUUCUUCACCAGGGACGAGCAUAGGUUCCCCCGUCCCGUCACCUUCAUCGACGCGCCAGGCCUUCAAAAAGGGACGCCCAAGGAGGACCUGAAGUUGAUGGAAGACAUCCGAACUUACAUCCACUCGAACCAUCGGUUGGGCAUCCACGCCGUCAUUUAUGUCACCGCAGGCUCUCAGGGGAGACUGACGGCGGAACAGAGGAUGGUGAUGGAGUGCAUGUCCCAAUGCCUAGGAGAAGAGACUGGCAGCAUUUCCUAUUUGUUUUGCACAUUCGCAGAUAGCAAACAUCUCCCCGUCUUAGAAUUCUUGAACGAGGCCGGACUGAAAUACAAUGAGCCAUUUCCCGCGAACAGCUCUUCCUACUUCGCAAAGAAGGAAGGAGAAGACGAUGGAAGUUCUUCUGACGAAGACAAUGAAGCAAAAACUGGAUCCAUUAAUGAACUAUUGCUGAAGAUGACGACGGAGAGCUUCAAGGAAUUCAGCAAAGCUAUCCAGAGGAAUCAACCCAUUCAGAUCCCAGACGAAAAAGAAAUAGAAAAGGAAGAGGUGGCACGGGGACUUCCUUUGGGUGAACCCAUGCUGGAAGAAGGGAACGACCACUCUCGGAAGACUGGCUCCCCGGGGACCCAAAGGUACCGGAAUAGACUCUACAAUGUCACUUGCUCCGAUAGGAUUUUCCGCAUGAGUCCACAGAAGAUUGCCUCACUGGUUUUUGGAGGAAUCAUCCUCGCCGUCGGUAUCGGCCUCAUCCUCGGGAUAUUCACUGAAAGUGUUCUCAUGGCUGUUAUAAGCAGUUUGCUGGUUUUCGUGGUCUAUGAGGCACUUAUCUACAUGAAGGGGAUCGAAGAAGGACUGGAUGGUUAUGAGGAUGAAGAGAAGCCUCUGUUGCAGGGGACACCGAAGGAUAAGUACUCCCCGGGUUACACAGGAGAGGAACGAGAACGAAUACAGUCCAAUGGACACCGGUUGAGCACUGGGGAUCCUAAGAAGGAGACAUUUGAAGGGAAAAUUGAGGAUUUGAGAAAAGAAAGCAAAGUAAUAGAAGGAGAGGACCCGCCGGCCUACCUUCUCCCAUUCCAGCCCAUUCCGACUGCAGGUGGUAGAUUCCGUUUGGGAGAAGAUGAGGAUGAUAAACAAUGCCUGAACGUCCUCCUACUUGGCUUGACUGGAUCAGGGAAAUCGACGCUGGUGGAGGCAAUGGGGAAUUAUGUUCUGGGAGUGGAAUUCUGGGAUCCCUAUCGAUUCCACGUGAAGAAGGACUACGGACCCACUGAGGGGAUCACCUCGCACACCUUCUUCACCAGGGACAAAAGAAGGUUCUCUCGUCCUGUCACCCUCAUAGACACGCCUGGCUUCCAAAAGGGCACGCUCGGGGAGGACUGGAAGUUGAUGGAAGACAUCCGUGCAUUCAUCGGAUCCAACCAUGCGCUCGGCAUCCACGCCAUCAUUUAUGUCGUGCAAGCCUCCCAGGUUGCUUCUUCUCCUUUCGUCCCUACAAAGAAAUGGAUUCUAGGGAGAUUGACGACAGAGCAAAGAAUGGUAUAUGGGUAUAUGGCCAAAGUCUUCGAAGAGCACAAGAGAGUCCCGGAGAUCUCUUAUUUGUUUUGCACAUUUGCGGACGGCAAGAAGCUCCCCGUCAUAGAAUCCGUGAAAGAGGCUGGACUGAAUUACAAGAUGGAUUUCCCCGUCAACAGCUCCUCCUACUUCGCCAAAGAGGAAGAAAACGGAUCUUCCAGUGACGAGGACGAGAAAGACGAGAAAGAAGAGAAAAGGGGGACCAUCAAUAAACUGCUGUUCGACAUGACGACGAAGAGCUAUCAGGAAUUCUACGCGGAUAUCGAGCGGAAUCGCCCCAUUGAAGUCCGCGAUCUUCGCCCAAGAAAGGAGAAUGGAAAGGAGUAUGGAAAGGAGGAGAGAAAGGAGGAUGGAAAGGAGGAUGGAAAGGAGGAUGGAAAGGAGGAUGGAAAGAAGUAUGGAAAGGAGGAUACCCUCUUGAAGCCUGACGAGGAGAGUGUUCUGAUAGAGCCAGACGAGGAUAUUCCCCCUGCGGAGACCCGGACGAUGGGAGAUAGAUUCUGUGCUUUCAUCGUCCGUCUUUGGGCAUCCAUCGGACGUUCAACAAAGGAACUUCGGAGGACAACCCUUCCCGGUGUCUCAUCCUUCCGGAGGACGGCCUUCGUUGAGGCCUUUCGUCUGACCCGACAUCUGUCGGACCCCUCCAUGGUCAUCAAACGACUCUUCCAUCGGGAAUCUCCAUUGGAUCUGAAGAUACGGACAGCCAAUAAGUCAUCUGAUGGACAUGUCCAAGGAUUAUCUUUGGACGAGACAUUUAGUCAUGCACUGGAUGUCCAAGGAGAAUAUGCGUUGGAUGUUGAAGUGUCCUUGAGUCGAAGUCCGAUGGAUUUCUUUCGGACAUCAGGUCCCGUCAACGAUGGCUUCACAGUCCCUGGGGGCCUGUCCACUCAAGGACACCCAGGCAGUGCGCCUCAAUCAGAUUGCAGCAACGACCUAUCCACAACUCUUUUGACUAAGAGAGUUAUUCAUCUGGACCACCGAGUGUCCAGCUCUCGAAAGCUCCAUGACCAGGACGGGAAGUGGUUGAAUCUGGGCACAACCUAA